UGCUAAUGCACCUAUCAAUGCUGAUUUAAAACAAACAGAGAUCGCGAAAAGUAUAAAAUUCCUUUCCGAGAAAAUUGUGUCAAUGGAGAAACAAAUAUCUGAAAAUUCCAGUCAAUUCUCCAUAAAUAUUAAAAACUUUGAUGAAACUGUGAAACAUUACAUUGAAUCUGUGAUGUUGAAAAUUGCGGUUUACUCAUUAAUUGAACAAUUUCGUCAAGCAAUUUCUUUGGAAAGAUGCCAAUCUUUAAAUAAACCACCACCAUCAUCUACUUUUAUUUUUA